UAUAUUCUCACUUUCACAUUUUGUCAGUUUGUGUGUUUGAGCAGGUUACGGGGUGUCAGUGAAAACAUGAAUGUCCAGCACAAGUAGCCUAGAUUCUAUUGGGUGGGAUCCACACAAGCAGGUAGUGAUGGCUGCUGUAACCAUAUUUGGUUCAGUCUUAUGGUUCUCAGGGAAUGCACUGCUCGCUUUAAUCGUUGUGAUUAUUGUUUUAUUACCGUUCCCCUGGAUACUAGUGCGGUUUCCAACCCUCCAAAGGAAGUUUCUAUUUCACUCUUGGUAUUACAAAGCUGACAAACCACUGGACAAUCCCUUACUUUGGGGCGUACAAGAUGGAAUCAGCCAACCAAUUGGCGCGUUGGGUUGUUGGUAUGUUGCCAACACGUGCAAAUGCGUGCCCACGUGCAGCUGUCUGUGCGACACAGUAGUAGUGUACUGUCACGGUAGUUCUGGGUCACGUGGUAACCAAUACCGUGUAGACCUGGUUAACUACCUCGCCUCCCUAGGGUGUGCUGUGUACUCAUUCGAUUACAGGGGCUACGCGGACUCGCCCGGAGAGUCUUCUCAAGUCAACAGUAUCCAAGAUGCGAGACAAGUGUUGGCGUUUGCACGUGCAGAGCAUCCUGACAAGCGUGUCGUGCUGUACGGUCACUCCAUGGGAACAGGUGUGGUAUGUCAGACUGCUUAUCAGUUGAUUCAGGAAGAUGCGGCAGUGGAUGCUGUUAUCUUGGAGGCUCCCUUCCUCUCCAUUCCUGAUUGUGUGCUGAAAUCACCAACCCUCAGAUUUGUGAAUAGCCUCCCCAUCUACAAGGAUUUCGUCUGGCAGUUUAGUGAUUUGUUUGUGACUAAAGACGUUAUUGGAGAUCUCAAGAAUGUUCUGAUAUUGUUCGCUGAGGAUGAUGAGGUUAUAGCUCCUCAUCACGCUACAGAGCUCCACACACUAUGUCCUGCUUCUACUUUACAUCUCAUCUCUGAGGGCGGACAUAACUUCCUCAUUCAACAGGGUUCCGUAAAGAAAGCAAUUGAAGAACACUUGAAACGCAAUGAUCCUCCGCUACAAUAACUGAUUACUAAUGACAUACAAUGGGCAGAGGAAUUGAAAGAAACUUAUUUGUUAUUGAUUUGUUAAUGUUAUCUUUUCUUAGUAGUAACUUAUAAUUCGACUUCUUUCAAUCGUUUAAUUUAUCGAUUUUGCUGAUAAUUUGUUAAUUCUACGAGAGACCAUUAAAUUCUGUGAGAUUUUCUGUUUUUCUUUAUUGUUGUGGUUUUUCUUGACGUUUUGUUACCUAUAAUUAUAUACUGUAUUAGUCAGCUUGUUUAUUUUAUACCUACAUGAUUUACAAAAUUGA